AUGUUGGCGUUCUACAAUGCCUGCAUCAGCCCACCUGCAUUCUCCCUCAUGGGCAUCCCUCAGCUGGAAGCACACCACGUGUGGAUCUCCAUCCCUUUUUGCUCCAUGUAUGUCAUUGCUGUGGUGGGGAACUGCACUAUCCUGUUCAUCAUCAGGGCUGAGCCCAGCCUCCAUGAGCCGAUGUACCUCUUCCUCUCCAUGCUGGCCGUCAUCGACUUGAUCCUGUCCUCUUCCACGAUGCCCAAGCUGCUCAGCAUCUUCUGGUUUGACAACAGAGAAAUCGGCUUCCACUCCUGCCUCCUCCAGAUGUUCACCAUCCACUGUUUUGCCACCAUUGAAUCUGGGAUCUUUCUCGCCAUGGCCUUUGACCGCUACGUGGCCAUAUGCACCCCCUUGAGGCACAAAACUAUCUUGACCCAUUCUGCUGUUGCCAAGAUUGGGCUGGCUGCUGCUCUGCGGGGCAUCCUCUACAUAUCUCCGCUGCCGUUGCUCGUCCGCCGAUACACCUACUACCGCACCAACAUCAUUGCACAUUCCUAUUGUGAACACAUGGCUGUGGUGAUGCUCUCCUGUGAGGAUAUCUCCAUCAGUAACAUCUAUGGCAUGACAGUUGGCUUCCUGGUACUCAUUAUUGACUCCCUGUGCAUUGGCUUAUCCUACUUCCUUAUCUUCCAAGCAGUGAUGAGCUUGGCCACUGUGGAGGCUCGCCUUAAAACCUUCAGCACUUGCACCUCACACAUCUGCGCCAUCUUGGCUUUCUACAUCCCUAUAGCAGUUUCCUCUCUCACGCAUCGGUUUGGCCACAAUGUGGCUCCCCCUACUCACAUCCUCCUGGCCAACUUUUAUCUUAUCUUUCCUCCUGUCUUGAACCCCGUAGUGUAUGCUGCCCGGACAAAAGAGAUCCGAAGGAAAUUGGCAAAGAUGUUGUCCUGGGCCAGAAGACAAGUUGUAAGAUAUUGA